AUGGCGACGGCGAUGCAGCGGUGCGGCGGGGCAGCGAGGCGAACUCUGGCGGCGGCGACUCAGCAGCAGCCUUCAUCUUCAUUUUCUUCACUGUCACCAUCUUCUUCUUCUUUAGUGUUAGGGUUGCCGAUUCAGUGCGGCCGAGGGGACAAGAAGACGAAGAAAGGGAAGAUAUUCAUCGGCUCGUACGGGAACUCGAGGCCGAAGAAGGACAAGAAGAUUGAACGGAUCAAGGACAAAAAUGAGCUCCCCAGGUCCACUCCUUGGCCCCUCCCCUUCAAGCUCAUCUGA